AGUCGAGCAUUUGAAGGUGCAACAACACGAAGCCUCCCAAACAUCCGCUGUCGCUCGUAGGAUUAUGAAAGCGUGAUUAGCCUAAACAGUUCAGACUGCGCCACAGGACACUAACAGACCGAUGGCCUGGUUUAUAUGGCUUAUUUAGGACCCCGGCUGGGAGUGUCGCGCCUCUUCCUGCCCCGUGUGACAGUCUUCAGAGUCCUCUGCACAGUCAGGAUGGACGAGAUGGGUCUGGCCGUGGGUCGCUCCGCUCUGGAACGACUCGACUUUGAUAACGUCGCCCUUAAGAAACUUCCCCUGGACCCGUCCGACGAGCCGGGGGUCCGCAUAGUGAAAGGAGCGUGUUUCUCUCGAGUUAAUCCUGAGCCGCUGAGCAACCCUCGGUUCGUGGCCGUUUCGGGCGAAGCCCUAGCGUUGCUGGGGCUUGCCGGAGAAGAGGUUAUGAACGACCCUCUCGGCCCGGAGUACCUGAGCGGGUCUAAAGUCAUGCCUGGAUCCGAGCCCGCGGCUCACUGCUACUGCGGUCACCAGUUCGGCCAGUUUGCCGGGCAGCUGGGGGACGGGGCCGCCUGUUACCUUGGAGAGGUGACGGUUCCACCGGGACAAAAUCCAGAGCUGCUCCGGGAAAAUCCGAGCGGGCGGUGGGAGAUUCAGGUGAAAGGAGCGGGACUGACCCCAUAUUCCAGGAAAGCUGAUGGCCGAAAAGUCCUGCGAUCCAGUGUAAGAGAAUUCCUUUGCAGUGAGGCGAUGUUCUUCCUCGGUAUCCCCACCACCAGAGCAGGCUCCGUGGUCACCUCUGACAGCAAGGUUAUAAGGGACAUCUACUACAGCGGGAAUCCCUGUUACGAGAAAUGCUCAGUGGUCCUCCGCAUCGCUCCCACCUUCCUCAGGUUCGGUUCCUUUGAGAUCUUCAAACCGGCUGACGAGUUCACGGGGCGUCAGGGUCCCAGUUACGGACGGGAAGAGAUCCGAGGUCAGAUGUUGGAUUAUGUCAUUGAAAUGUUUUACCCUGAAAUCCAGCGGGAUCAUCCAGACCGGCUGGAGAGAAAUGUGGCUUUCUUUAGAGAGGUGAUGUCCCGUACAGCUCGACUCGUGGCUCAGUGGCAGUGUGUUGGAUUCUGUCACGGAGUUCUGAACACCGACAAUAUGAGUGUUUUGGGACUCACUCUGGACUAUGGUCCGUAUGGCUUCAUGGACAGGUUUGAUCCAGAUUUCAUUUGCAAUGCGUCAGACAACUCUGGGCGAUAUUCGUACAAGGCCCAGCCGGCCAUCUGCAGGUGGAACCUGGUGAAGCUGGCAGAGGCUCUGGCUCCAGAGUUGCCACCAGAUCGAGCAAAGGCUGUGACGGAUGAAUACCUGGAUCACUUCAACCGCUUUUACCUGGAGAACAUGAGGAAGAAACUGGGUUUGCUGAGAAAGGAGGAACCCGAGGACGAGAUCCUGAUCACCGAGCUGCUGCGUACAAUGCACGACACAGGCGCUGACUUCACGAACACCUUCCGUAACUUAGCUCAGAUUUCCUGUCCAUCAGAGGGAGAAACGGAGCGAGACGAGGAAAUCGUUAAGAAAGCCUCAGAACUCCUCCUGGAGCAGUGUGCUUCUUUAGAGGAGCUAAAGUCAGCCAACACACCCACAAUGGAUCCACGUGAAUUGUCAAUGCUGCUCUCCAUGGCUCAGAGCAACCCCGCUCUGUUUGAGAUGAUCUCAGACAGGGCGACCAUCGCGAGACAGUUGGACAGAAUGAGCAAACUGAAGGUCCUGCUGGAGACGAGUCAGGACGAGCUGAGAGCCAGGCAGGCUCAGGAGUGGAUCUCCUGGAUCGCCCUCUACAGGAAACGUCUGGCCCGCGAGCUGGAGGGUCAGAGCGACAUUCAGGUCGUGCAGGAGGAGAGGGCGAGAGUGAUGGACGGCACCAACCCUCGCGUAGUGCUCAGAAACUACAUUGCCCAGAAUGCAAUAGAGGCUGCUGAGAGUGGGGACUUUUCUGAGGUCCAACGGGUCCUCAAGGUUCUGGAGAAACCGUUUUCUUCUCAGCCAGGGCUGGAGCUUCCUACUUGGGUGGGUUCACACAGGAGGACUGCACAGGGGGAGAGGGAUGAAGGAGAGGAGCCACAGCAGGGAACCUCCUCAUCAUCAACAGACAUGAGCCCUGUGCCGUAUGACAGCAAGCCCCCAGCAUGGGCACGCCAAAUCUGCGUCACCUGAUCUUCUUAAACGCUUCCUUAAUUGCUGCCCUGCCUAAAAGAACAAGAAAGCUGGAAAGUGUUGAUCACUCUCUUUUACCUUUUACAUCCUCUCUUUGGCUCACUGUCCAACUUUCUUUUUAGCUUUUGGCAAGGCAGCAGUGAGGGAGUUAAGAGAAGUGGCUCUUCACAGAUUAGCCUGAUGACACAAAACAGACGGGAGGAUGCGAGGUGACUCUCUUCUUCCAUUGCCUAAGAUUUCCAAAUUUAAACAGUUUGGGAUUUAUUUUUAGACUUUCAUUAAUGAAGAUGACAAAAACUGCGUUGAGUAAAGUCAUGGCUCUGACGUAAUGUGCAGGUUGCAGAAGAAACAGGUUUACAGAAACUCAGCUUGGCUCUCCUCCACCCUGUCUGUUCAGUGUCACUUCUGCUAUUUAUGAUGAUUCAGGCAACAAGUCCCGUAUUGACAUGCCUGCCUCUGACAGACUGUGGGUUGUCACUUCCAGAGUGCACCAAAUAUUAUGAGGACUGUCAGUUUGAAAGGGAGUGACUGCAGUCGAGAGAAAUGCUAAAACCUCCACACACAAACACGCACAAUGAGUUCAGUAAAUGCUUUUGAUCCUCCUCACUGUGAUCGCGCCUCUCUCUGAGGUUCGGACCAUCAUUUUCUUUUAUUAUUCUAUUUUUACAGGUAGGUUUGAAUGAGGAAUGACAAAUCUGGAUGUAUCUGCUCGUGUUGAAAAUGUAUUUUUAGAAAAAUAUUGCAAUUGCUGUAACUUUCAGGUAAAUAUAUCUAUAAAAUGUCGAGAAAAAAAAGUCGUUUUUUCAAUUGUAACCUUUUUUGUUUUUGCUAUUAAACAGACUUU